AUUCGCCCCGAUAUCAGGUCGUCGAGCUCGCGUCGGAAUAUUCGUAACGUGGAGGUAGCCGCAGAAUCCAGAUUUUGAGAACCAGCCGCACUUUCGUCCUCGCUAAGAAUGAUUGUGUCGCGCGUUUGAUUCCGGUCCUCCUCCUGACGAUCGUGGCCUUUAUUGAGAUAAAUCAGUGUGCCUCUAUUAAUUACAGUGUUAUUUAUUGACUUAGUGAAAAUAUAGCAGUGAUUUAGCAAAGUGAUACAAUUGAAAUUAGAGUUAAUUGAAAUUUAAUUAAAGCUGAUUGGCUUUAAUGAAAUAGUUACGAAAUGGAAUCAGCCGGGUUUGAUGAUCAGAUAUUUAGUGAUUUCAACGAUUCGCUCAGUCCACUUGGAACAAAAGCGAUUCAUGGUAGUGGACCAAGUGGUCACAACAUUCAGGUGGUACUGGGCAUUAACCAAUCAUCACCUGACUCCUGCACACAGAGAUUACCUGAAGUGAAUAGUAUCCUGGCGGCUGGCUCGCCUAGUUAUAAAAAUAUAGAUUACACCAAUUUGAAUAAGGUGGACUACCAUGCAAAUGGCAAGGUCGAUCCUCAGUAUUCUCCCAAUUCCGGAAAAAUGGAAUACAUCAACUGUAAGCUCGAAUACUACCCAGCGCAGCUCAAUAUUCAUAACAAUCCGAAUAAAAUAGAAUAUGUUACAACCCUAGAUUAUAACGCCAACGGUCGCAUCGAGUAUAGCCCGCCGUCGAAACUGACCGAAUAUGGCAGUGGGAAGCUGGAAUAUGAAACCGGAAUGACCAUGUUCCAGCAGCCGCCACCGAUGAGCUCGACCACGCUCAACGGACUUAACGAUCCUGGCAAACGCAAAAAUGACGAUGUCAACAGUGCUUCCGGGUCCUCUACACCCACAACGACGACACCGUCGAUCAACGGUUCUGGACCGGAAGGAUCGGCCAAUGCUAGCAAAAAGAACGACAAGAAAAAGGGGGACCCCAACGGAAUCAAGAAGAAGAAAACGAGGACCACCUUUACGGCGUACCAGUUGGAAGAACUGGAGCGAGCCUUCGAACGAGCACCCUAUCCGGAUGUGUUUGCCCGAGAGGAACUGGCACUGAAGCUCAACUUAAGUGAAUCCCGGGUUCAAGUUUGGUUCCAGAACCGUCGAGCGAAAUGGAGGAAACGCGAGCCACCAAGGAAGUCAGCCUAUAUGGGCAAUAACAGUCCAUCAGCUCCUAUGAACGGUCCAAUUGGCACAACGUUCACACAGUUCCCGCAGACAACGACUGUAACUCCACCGGGUAGUGUGGAAAGUUGGCCCACUUACCAAACACCGUACGAGCUGAGUCCUCAUUUCAAUCUACUGUCUCCUGCCGCUAGUCCUUAUGGUUCCUUCACCACCCAGUACGGUACUUACGUGCACGAAAGUCAACUAUUCCCGGUAAGACAACAUUUCGAUUACGGCAGUCCAUCAAGGCCCGGGGGAGAAACGGAAGAAUCUCAUCACAAAGCUGAGCAUUACGCAUCGUUGGACGACAAGUUCGACACGCACUGCUCCGUCUCCGAUGGUGUGGCGAAUGGCAAAUACGUCGACGACACCAAAUAUAUCCAUGCGGUUAACAUCAUCGAUGACCAAAAGUACACAACCGGAAGCUGUCACCUGGAGGACCCGACACUGAAACAGUCUCACUAUGGACCACCACCCACCGGGCCCUGCCAGCCGCCUUCCGGGGAUGAGGCCGAUUCCAUGGGCGUUGUCAAGGCAGAGGAUAGUGUUAGUCAUAGCUACGUAUUGCCUUCUUUUUUGCGCUGAAACAAAUGCUGUCGGCAAAACGUUCUUAAACCAAGCAACGGAAAGGCGAUGUCGUUCAGCAGCAGGAAGAGAAGAAGGGAAUCAAUCCUGGAAGCGAAAGGGGAUGCCCAGAUGGAAGGGAUUGGAUUCGGGAUCAACCAGAGGGACUAAAAUUCCCUCACAUACGAUAUAGCGUAAACCCCUCACUGCAACAUACGUAGCUUUGUUGUCCGAUCUUUAGCCCAUGGGAUGCUUCAAACUCCUAUAUUUAUUUUUCAUUCAGCAUCCACGGAUUACUCUCUGUAGAUUUAAGAGAUGUUCGGUUUUACCACCAGUGAGCCUAUGUAAAUAAUCCUGCGAGUCGAACAGGUAUAACUAGACAGUCGUAAAAAUCAAAAUUACUGUGUGGAAGCGUAGGUACCGACACCGGAACCCAUUCGCAUCUAAUGAAAUCAAAACCUGAAGGUUUAUUUGGACAUUCGAAUGAGAUCAUCAACAAGUUUCAACCCCACAGCCGACAAUAAAAAGGUGAUACAUGGUGUAGAACAACGUUUGCUUCCUCGAUUGAAGGUAUCCUUUUUUGGACGGAAGGCUCAUGAAAUAACUUCUUGUUUGAUUCGAAGAUAAAUUAAAUGGAACCCGAAACCUGGUCGGAGACGAAAACAAAAAAAAAUCAAAGGAUAAACAUUCGAAUAAACUGCUUGUAAAGUUGUAAACUGUUUGUGAGAUCCUACCUGUUAAAGCACCAUAAAGCCUGAUUCGAUUUCUUAUGCCACCCAUCGAAGAGUGGUAUCUGUCCAAAUUAUUAAGAGGGUGUAUUCCACGAUGAAUUCUAACGCGUUGGAAAUUUGGCGCUAUCCUGUCUUCUAUUUGAACAUUCUAUUUUGAUGUUGAAAAUAAUUCAACAUCAAUGCAGGGCAAUUAAAGACCUUUAAUAGUGUGAGAAUCCCUCGAAAUCAAUAAAUAUCGACAGACCAAGAACUAAGCUUGAUAAAAUUGGAAAGAGUGAUGCUCCAUCUUUAUCUGAUUUAGCAUGGAAUUCGACCUACGCAACCAGUUUGUAUCAGUGAACCAAUCAACAUUUGCUUGUUCUCGUGUGUUUACGUAAUCGGAAAACCUCUGGAAAGCAAAUCCAGAGCAAAUUUUUAUAAAUUUUGAUUAAUGUCAAAGAACAGAUUCCAAUUUAUUAGGACUUUAAGCUGAAAAAAAGAUCAGGAAAAAAAUCAUUAAUUUGUAAAAUAUUCAGAAAAAAUCAAAUUUUCAUCAUUUGUCAAACACAAGAUCCCACCACCAGUUGAACUGGUAAAGCGUUGACACUGAUUUAUUCCAACUUUCGAUCCAGACGUUCUCCCCUAUGAAUUCCGGGCGCUGUUUCCGAAAAUCUCAGUACGAAAUCAAUUGAUUCUCCCGGCUGAGGCCGAAGGAAGUAAAGUACAUAUAAAAAGAAAAUAUCGCCGUUAUGGAGCCCAGCUAGGCAUUCAAUACGCAACUGUCGCUGUGUGUCGUUAUUUAUUCAAUAUCAAAUUUCCCAUCAUUCAGUAAACAGUGCCUGAUUGAUGAAAACAUGAAUAUUAACAUGAAAAAGGACGAUUUUGUGGUGAAGAACUGCGACUUGCUGUUUAGCCUCAAGGGGUAAACAUAACUUCUGUUAUAAAUUGAAUAGUGAGAAUUUUCCCAAAUUUUCUUCUUGCGUAUACGUACAAAGAGCCUCAUGUUCAAUGACAGGAUGGAUAAAUGUGAUGUUUGGUGACAUCAAGCAUCAUGGCCAGAAUUGUAUACUAGCUAAAUGGAAAACAAUGUGGAACACAAAAGCUCGUGGCCUGUUCAUAAACUAAACAAUAUUUGAUAUCUAAUUCAAAGAAUAGAUAGGAUCUUCACUUCUCGGUUCAAGACAAAGUUGAAAAAUAUAAUUUUUAAUCUAAAAUCAGUCAGUUUACCUGUUGGACUCCUUCAUCUUUUAGCCACUCUAUUUUAUUUGUUAAGCAUAAAUAUAAUAUAUUAAAUAAUGUACAAACAACAAAAUCCAAAGUCUUGCCAAAGAGAAAGAACAUGACCUAGAUGUCAAAAGUAGCCAAUUAUUCUUAAAGGUCUUCAUACAAAAAACGUUAACUUUGAAAAUAGUUUACUUCGACUAUGGUUAAGUGCAAAAUGCUACCGUUAGGCAUAAGAAAAAAUCAUGUUUAAUUAAGCUGUUUUCGCUGAAGUUGUAUAGCAUAUGUCUGAAAGUGCCUUGUAAAUAAUGUGGUCAUUAUUCCAUUGUAAACUGUCAAAAUAAUUAGUUUCCAUUCUCAAAUUGUAAACAGCUUAAUUCAUAAAACCACCAAAAUGUAGUAGAGAUAGAACAGAAAACCAAACAUGCGCAUUGUGUUUUUCUUUACUUCUGUUAGACGAAAUACUCUUUUGAAAAUGAAAUAAAUGUUUUAAUACGAGUAAACAA